GGGCAACGCGGCGCCGGCCAUGGAGGCUUCCUGUGAGUCCGAGUCCGAGUCUGAGGCCGGGCCUGGGACUCAGCGGCCCGGGACCGGGACCGUGAGCGCGGCCGUGCGCGAGCACUUGCGGAAGCUGUGUCUGCGCGAGUUCCCGUGCGGCGCCGGCAGCUGGAAUAAGUCGCGCUUUCUUCCUCAAACUUGGCGAACAUGGAGGGAGCUUGUCCCCAGAGAGGAGGACGUGGUGAGCCCCAGGGAGGAGACGGUGGAGGCCCUGCUGGGCCUGGUCCGCAGCCGCCACUCCCCCUGGGCUCUGCUGAACGAUUCGAAUGCGGAAGACAGUUUCCUGAGAGAACUGGCCAUCCGGAACCCGCUGACGAUCACAGACACCUUCUUCUACUCCUACUUCCGGUCCCUGCGGGUGGUGGACAAGGCGGUCACCCUGGUGGAUAAAGACCUCUUGAAAUUUCUAAAGCUGGAGGAGUUGGUACUGAGCGCCAAUCGAAUCAAGGAGGUGGAUGCCACCAAUCUGCCCCCCACACUCAAGGUGCUGGAGCUCUAUGGCAAUGAGAUCAGCAGCAUGGAGUGUCUGUGCGCCCGCCCGCCCGCCGGCCUGCAGCAUUUGGGGUUAGGCCACAACCAACUUCUAGGCCCCUUGGAAAGUCUCUACGUCACCGCUAAUCACUGGCCCAACCUCGUAUCCCUGGACCUGGGCUUCAACGACCUGACAGACCUGCAGAGCAUGGUCGCCAGCCUGAGGACCCUCCGGCACCUGCGACUCCUGGUGCUGCAGGGAAACCCACUGGCCUUGGUGCCCUACUACCGCGGCCUCGCCAUCGACAGCCUGGCCCAGCUCUGCGUGCUGGAUGACAUCACCGUGUCUCCCAACGAGAAGCAUCUCUUCCGGGGGCUCAGCCUCAAUGGCGAUCUCUUGGCACAGGAGGCACAGUUUGUGGUGACCAUCGGAAACAUCAGAGGAGUCCUGGACACCUCUGUCUUCGACCCAGAACCCGGGCCCGAAGGCCCUUUCAUCACUUACAGCUAUUACGUGACCUACGAUUUUGUGAAAGACGAAGAAGGCGAAGCGAAUGAGUCCGCAGGCGCGCUGGCCGAGAUCGUCAAGCCCUCUCCUAGCUUAGAAUUAUUAGUUGAGGAAUCUCCUGAAGAGGUCGUCGAAGACGUCAUCGAAGACAUUGUUGAAGAGGUCGAAGGGUCUCUGGAGUCUGAGGUGGAGGAGUCAGGAGAGUCAGAGCUGUCUGUCAUCUCGGGGCCUUCGACCGUCUCGCAGACGCCGAGGGCCUCUGCAGAAGAGCUGGCCAAGUUGCGGCUGCGUAUAGAUCCCCGGCUCUGCCCGUCCCCAGGGACUGUCCUCUUCAGCACCGCCCACAAGCCCUGGGCUGAGGUCAUCCCCUGCAGCUACAAGAUGCAGCACUCUCUCAGGGACCUGGUGCCACUGAAGGCCUUCCUGCUGGCGGGGACCACUGUGACUAUCGUGGAGGAGAAGAUUCUCUCCUGGCCUGUGGUGCUACCGGCUGUUGACAGUCCCCUGUCUGCCAAGAAAGGAAAGGGGGAGAAAGACAAGAAAGGGAAGGAGAAAGACAGGACAGGGAAAGGAGAGAAAGAGCCGGCCAAGGAGUGGAAGGUGCUGAAGAAGAAGAAAGAGCCGCCCAAGGAGCUCCGGCAGGACCCCCCCAUCCUCCAGGUGCUGGGCCGGGGCCUGGUGAUCCUGGAGCCCCUGCUCGCCGGGGAGCCCCUGGUGUCCACCGUGUGCAACUUCGGCGUACUCCGCACCUUGACCUCGGACAGGCUGACGUUGGCCAGGGAUUCAAAGAAGAUUAAGAAAGUUGCCAAAAAAGAAAAGCCGAAAGCCGUGAUUCCGAUCUACGAAGGCGAUUACCACCCCGAGCCCCUGACCGUAGAGGUGCAGAUCCAGCUGAACCAGUGCCGCUCGGCGGAGGAGGCUCUGCGCAUGUUCGCCGUGUAGGGCGUGGGCAGUAAAGGCUGUUCCCAGCA